AUGUCUAGCCCACUGAAAACUAUUUGCACAGUGUUUAUGUUCUAUUGCUUCUCAAUAUGCCUUACAUUUUUCAACAGCCGUUGUAUAAAAAUGUUCCCGUAUCCACUCUCAAUCACUUUACUGCAUAUGAUCAUUAAAUUCUUAUUAUCAUGGUUCGUAAGGUGUUCGCAAUCGUGGUUGUAUAAUUAUCCAAGAGUAGAGCUUCCGUGGGCGAAAUAUGUGAGGGUUGUUGCUAUCUCCGGGAUCUCUAGUGCUUUAGAUAUUGGUUGUUCAAAUUGGAGUUUUGAGUUUAUUACUGUAUCAUUGUACACAAUGACAAAAUCUACCAGCGUCAUUUUUAUUGUAAUGUUUUCUGUCUUACUAAAACUGGAGAAAAAACGUCCAUCUUUAGUCAUCAUUGUCAUCCUAAUUACCUGCGGGCUUUUUAUGUUUUCAUAUGAGUCUACCCAGUUCGAUUACAUAGGAUUCCUUCUUGUUCUUGCUGCGUCAUUCUUAAGUGGAAUUCGAUGGUCUUUCACCCAGCUUAUCGUACAAGGACAAUGUUAUGGUCUUUCUCAUCCUAUUGAUUUUAUGUUCCACUCACAACCAUGGAUGGCACUGGCUAUUUUGCCCCUUUCUCUUUACAUCGAAGGUUUUGAACUCAUAACAGCGAGGAAUCUUUUUCGCACUGAUGACUUUGAUCAGUUAAUAGGCAACUUAGUCCAACUAGGUACUGGAGCUGUGUUAGCAUUCGGUCUUGAAAUAUCAGAAUAUCUAGUUGUUAGUUCUGCUUCAAGUUUGACUUUAUCCGUUGCUGGUAUAUUUAAGGAAGUAUGUACUUUGUAUCUUGCUGCAAAAUUUAAUGGGGAUAAUAUAUCUCUCGUAAAUGUGAUUGGCUUCGUCAUCUGUUUGUGUGGAAUCACUCUUCAUAUAGUUGUAAAAGCUGUCAACAGUAGCAAGUACGUCGGAGAAAAGUAUCGUUCAUGAGCGAAAAAGUUAAAUCAGGAACGCCAAUAGGACUGCAAGUCUUCGAAUCUCUAUUUACCUCUUAAUUUUCAUAUUUAUUCAAUUUUCAGUCAAUUUUGUUUGACGGAUAAAUAAUAAAAUAAGAAACUAUACUCCUUUUGAAUCACUGUUCAUUUAUCAUAGUGAAAGUUGUGAAUGGUCGUUUUUUAAACUGUGGAGACUAACUCAUGUUUGCAACCCAAACGCGCGCUUAAAAUUGAGAUGUCGAAUACAAA